AUGUAUUAUCCAACUUGUUAACUAUAUUAAUCUUGUCACAUCCCUUUAAGUUAAAGUGUGACCUAAUAAUAAUGCUUGGUCUAAACAACUUAACCCGAUAUUAACGGAGCAAUCAUAAAUGAAAGAGAAUAAUUGAGAAUGUAAUUAAUGGAAUUGGAAGACCGAUAUCACAUUGACAUAGAAGAAUUAAAAGUCAAUCUCCUAUCUGAAAGUGAAAGGAUUCUAGUACAAUCUUAUUUUAGUUUUAUAGUAAAAAUCUUUAAAUGAAUUGGUUUAAUAAUAUGAACCUUAAAUUCACUAAAAAGAUUCUCAAAUUAAUGUAUUAACACAAAAAUUGCAUGCAGCCGAAACCACAUUAUAAUAAGUCUAAGCUGAAAAUUCAAAAUUAAAAGAAAUUGUAUUUAAAAAAAAGGAUAAAAUCAAGUAUUAUAAACAAGAAAUGGAAAAUUAAAAUAAUUUUCACAUUCAGAAACUAAACGAAUAAGAAUAAUUUUGGAGAGAAAGAUUGAAUAAAGAAUUAGUAUUAUUUAUUUCAUUGCGUUUAGAAUUAAUAAAAAUUGCUAUUUCUCUAAGAAUUCUAAUUUGAAAAGAAAUCAUUAGAAGAUUAAAUUUAUAAAUUGAAGUCUUAAUUGGCUCAAUUCGAUGAAAAAUAUCAACAAAUUUUAUUUGAAUUAGAAGUAUGAUGCCUUUAAUAAACAUUAUAGAAAAUCAAAUAAUAAUUAUAAGAGAAGACCCAUGAAUGUGAAGAAUGGAAAACUAAAUGUAGAAGAUUGGAACAUAUUGAGUCAAUCAAACCAUAAACCCUAUAACAUUCUCCAUCUAGAGAUAGAGUAUUGGAAGCAAAAAUUGAAUAAUUAGAAAGAGAAAUUAGAGUAAAGGAUGCCAAAUUGGCGAAAAAGAAGGAAAAAGUACAGACAGUUAUUCAACAUGUACCUUAAUAAGUCAUUGUUGAAAAACCUAUUGAAAGAAUAAUAGAAAUUGAAAAGAUUGUCCCAGUAGAAAGAAUCAUUAGAGAAAGAGUACCUGCAAGAUAGCCUAUUGUUGUUUAACAAAAUGUUUAAAAGAAAGUAGAAAGUGAAUCUGAAGAUGAAGAAUUAAUAGAAGAAAUCAGAGUUUUGAAGAGGAAGAUUGUAGAAUUACAAUAAGUAAUUGCUAAUCUUAAGGUUUAACUGGAUGAUUCACUAAAUGAAAAAGAUGAUUUGUAUCAAUUUACUUCUAAGUAGACAACAUAAUUAUGAAAUCUUGUUGGCCAAGGUGAAACAACUAGAAGAUUUAUUGCGUAGUAGGAACAGGGAAUUGUAAGAUAAAGUCAUUUCCCUAUAGAAUGUCAAAAAAGAAGAAGAUAAAAUUAUUGUCCAUGUAAACUAAGGUAAAAAUAAAACAAGUCAUGUCGUCAAAAGGUGAUGAAUAUAUAUUAAC